GUGCAAUUAAUAGACACUGAUAUUUUAAUGGAAGGUAUUAUAAUAUUGAAGUACUUUUUUUCCACUAAUAAUGUCAGGGGGGGCACAGAAAAAUUAAAAGAUCCCAAGGGGACCCCAAGGAACCACUGGUCUAUAUUGCCUCUGCCAAUAUCUGCGAGUGGGGUGACGUGGGUAAAGCAUUCUCCUGACUAACGUGCAUACGUUUCUUGAGAGAUGUCCCUCCGUCCUUUACACUUUGCACAUUGCACGGGGAAUUAAUUAGGCUGUACAGUGUGCUCUGUUAAAGUCUUGGCUUCCCUCCACUGCCUCUCCCUCCCUCCCUCUCUGAUGAGCCUCUUGCCAAUCUCCUUCAGCGAGCUCCAGCAUAGUGUGAUGUGUGUUUGUGUGGGGGGGACAAUCAGGGGGCCCGGGGCUGCAAACAGCAACACACUCAGCAUUGCAAUACACUCACAGCCACACCCUGCCCUGCCACUCUACUCGUGGGCAAUGAUGGAAGCCGCCGCAGACAAGCAGAAGAGUAAACAAGAGCGGAAGCAAGAAGUGUUCCUGAGGAAGAAAGUGGGUUUAUUCCGAGCCGUCUCCCUCUUAAUUGGCACCAUAAUCGGCAGCGGGAUAUUCAUCUCGCCCAAGGGAGUCCUGGACAAUUCGGGCAGCAUCGGGGCAUCGCUGGUGAUCUGGGUGUUGUGUGGUAUCCUCUCCAUGCUGGGAGCUCUCUCAUACGCAGAGCUGGGAACGAGCAUUAAGAAAUCUGGCGGUCAUUACAUCUAUCUUAAGGAGACUUUGGGCCCAUUUCCAGCCUUCCUUCGAUUGUGGAGUGAAUUCAUCAUCAUCAGGCCAGCGCUCACAGCCGUCGUUAGCCUGUCAUUCGGACGCUACAUGGUUGAACCAUUCUUUGCCCCAUGUCCCGCACCAGCCCUGGCAGUGAAACUCCUCACAGCCGUUGGAGUCUCUUUGGUGGUGUUUGUUAAUUCUUGGAGUGUAAACUGGACUGCCCGCAUUCAAAUCAUCCUGACGUUCUCUAAACUUGUGGCUCUGGGACUCAUCAUCGUUCCCGGGAUGAUGGCUUUGGCCCAAGGUCGCACUGAAAACUUUCAAAAUGCUUUUAACAGCAGUUCAGUGCCACUGGCCAAACUUCCACUGGCUUUUUAUUCAGGCAUGUUUGCUUAUAGUGGCUGGUUUUAUAUGAACUUUGUCGCAGAGGAGAUUAUUAACCCAGAAAGGAAUAUCCCUCUGGCAAUUAUCUCCUCUCUGGUCAUUGUCACAGUACUGUACCUGCUUGCGAAUGUGGCUUACUACACGAUACUGACAGCGGACGAGGUGAUGGCGUCUGUUGCAGUCGCUGUGACUUUUGCAGAUCGCACUCUGGAAAGCUUUUCCUCCGUGAUUCAAAUCCUCGUGGCAUUGUCGUGCCUUGGGGCAAUAACGGGAGGACUAUUUUCUUCUUCCAGAGUGUUCUUUGUGGCUUCGAGAGAAAACCAGUGGCCGACCAUCUUCUCCAUGAUCCACAUCCGGCGCCACACGCCACUUCCAGCGGUGAUCCUGAUAUAUCCACUGGUGCUCCUGAUGAUCUGCAUUGGCGAUCUGUACGCUUUGCUGAAUUUAAACAGCUUUCCCCGUUGGCUGUUUAUGGGGCUUGUAACCUUUGGGCUCAUCCGCCAUCGAUAUAAAGAGCCGGAUCUCCACCGUCCAUUUAAGGUACCAAUGAUCAUACCUGGACUCUUUAGUACAAUGUGCCUGUUCAUCGUGGUCACUUCCCUUUAUGCAGACCCCGUCAGCACUGGUAUGGGCUGUGCUUUGAUGCUCUCUGGUGUACCAGUUUACUACCUGAUGAUGAACAAAUACAGAGGACCAGUCUGGUGCAGGGAAGCAAUGUAUCUCGUCACAGUCAAACUGCAAAUUUUAUUUGAAGUAGUGCAACAGGAGAUUGCAACCUGCUGAAAAUCUGCCAGGGAGCGAUCAAUCCUUUCAUGUAUUCACAAUAGAAUCACCACAAGAGGUUUAUCACAAGGCACACGUCCCAAAUGAACACGUCCAGUGUGAAAACUCCAUCCUCACCAACCAAGUGUGUGAACCAAGUGUUUUGUAAGAAAAUCUAUUAAUUUCACUUGUUUCAUCUAUUCCUAACUAAUACUCCCUUGAAUUAAAAAUAUCAAUGCAAACUGGUGGUUCAAGAUAUACAUUUACAGAUGUAUUUCACUAAAUUCAAGUGAAAGAAGAACAUAAAAU